AUGCCUAUUACCAAUUUUUCCACCUCUGAGAAGUAUACUUAUUUGAAUGGAUUUGAUUCAUUCCACGAAUCAGAGGCCAUUGAGGGUGCUCUGCCCAUCGGCGCCAAUUCUCCACAAAAACCACCGUACGGCCUCUACGCCGAGAAACUAUCCGGUACAGCUUUCACCGCUCCACGACAUGAGAAUCGCCAAACCUGGCUCUAUCGUGUUCUUCCUUCGGCCUCACACUCGACGUAUCAGCGCUUUAGCGAUGCUUCAGAACCAAUUUUGAAAGCAAAGCUGAACUAUAUUCCCCAGCAGCUGCGAUGGGAUCCUUUUGAUGUCGAUGAGAAAGUCGAUUGGGUGAGGGGGUUGAAGCUAGUGUCCGGUGCAGGUGACCCUACGCUGAAAACAGGUAUCGGAAUUUACGUUUUUACCGCUGGUAGGGAUAUGGACGAGAGAACAGCUAUGUACUCCUCUGAUGGUGAGAUGCUUGUUGUCGCACAGCAUGGCGUAUUGGACAUACAGACUGAGCUCGGACGCAUCUUGGUUCGCCCUAACGAAAUCGCAGUGCUUCCUCGUGGUAUUCGAUACCGGGUCACUCUCCCAGAGGGUCCUGUUCGUGGAUACAUAUUGGAACUAUACCAGGGGCAUUUUCAGCUACCUGAACUGGGUCCCAUUGGGUCUAACUGUCUCGCCAACCCUAGGGACUUUCAGGUUCCUGUGGCGAAUUUUGAAGAGGACACGGUAUCGACCUGGACCAUCUUGAACAAGUUCAAUAAUGAGCUUUUCGUGGCACAGCAGGGACAUACACCAUUUGAUGUGGUGGCUUGGCAUGGAAAAUGUGAGUACUUAGCUCGAUACGUGUUUGUACAGGUUUACCCCUACAAAUACGACCUCGGUCGCUUCUCAGUCAUUGGUAGCAUCUCUUUCGACCACCCAGAUCCAUCUAUCUAUACCGUCCUUACGGGACCAUCUGAUCACCCCGGGACAGCAAUUGCCGACUUUGUAAUUUUCCCACCUCGAUGGCUUGUCCAGGAAGACACAUUCCGACCACCAUGGUACCAUCGAAAUACCAUGUCUGAAUUCAUGGGCCUGAUUUGCGGUCAAUAUGACGCCAAGACAGGAGGUGGCUUUCAACCGGCUGGGGCUAGUCUACACAACGUCAUGACGGCACAUGGUCCAGAUGCUGAUUCGUUCGAAAGAGCGAGUAAUUCGGAUUUGAAGCCUAUGAAAGUUGGGGAGGGAAGCAUGGCUUUCAUGUUCGAGAGCAGUUUGAUGCUUGGAACCACUGACUGGGGACUUGAAACAUGCAACAAGGUUCAGGAAGACUAUAACAAGCACAGUUGGGAGGAGUUGAAAGUGCAUUUCAAGAGGCCAUCAUGA